AUGGCCGGUCGUUUUGUGCGCGCGUCGAAAUAUCGACAUGUCUUUGGUAAAUCAUCGAAGAAGGAGGCAUGUUACGAUAACUUACAUAUCAGUCGCAAUGCAUGGGAUACCAAUUUAAUCAAGGCCAAUCCUGAAUAUCUUUCGGUCAAUUGGGAAGCUAGUGGUGGAGGCGCAUUCGCUGUUAUUCCUUUGAAUGAGAAAGGACGUCUGCCAGAACAAAUCCCAUUGUUUCGAGGUCACACUGGUCCUGUCCUUGAUACAGAUUGGAAUCCUUUCAACGAUCGCAUAAUCGCUUCUGGAUCUGAUGAUGGAAAGGUGUUUAUAUGGGAGGUUCCUCAGGGUUUUUCCCUCUAUCAGGAUUCUGAAGAACCUGUCGAUGUUGCGCCUGUCAGCAAAUUGGCAGGUCAUUCUAGGAAAGUCGGACAAGUUCUCUUCAACCCCGCCGCGAACAACAUUCUCGCAUCCGCGUCUGGCGAUUACACGAUCAAGCUAUGGGAUGUAGGCACUGGGAAGGCAGCUUUGACAUUGAAGCACGGAGAUAUUGUACAAAGUUUGUCAUGGAGCGCAAAUGGAGCUCUUAUGGCUACCACCUCUCGUGACAAGAAGUUACGUAUCUGGGAUACUCGACAAGAAAGACCGGCACAUGAAGGUCCUGGACAUACCGGCGCAAAAAACAGCAGAGUUGUAUGGAUGGGAGAACACAACCGUGUGGCUACUACCGGAUUCUCCAAGAUGAGUGAUCGUCAAAUGGCUUUGUGGGAUGUUGGUAAUGCUAAACAGCCAAUUGGCGGGUUCACCGUUUUGGACUCUAUCUCGGGUGUUUGCAUGCCAUUCUGGGAUGAUGGAACACAAUGUUUGUAUUUGGCAGGCAAAGGUGAUGGCAACAUUCGAUACUAUGAAUAUGAAAAUGACAAGUUCGAAUUCUUGUCCGAAUACAAGUCUAGUGAUCAACAACGUGGUCUCGCAUUCCUUCCAAGACGUGGUAUUAACGUUCACGAGAACGAAGUUAUGAAGGCAUUCAAAACCGUCAAUGACCAAUAUGUUGAACCUAUCUCCUUCACAGUUCCCAGAAGAGCCGAAGUCUUCCAAUCUGAUAUUUAUCCACCUGCUAUUGGUUUGAAACCUGCGGUGACUGCCGAGGAAUGGCUCGCUGGUAAAGAUGGAAUUCCUGCCAAGAUCGAUUUGGAGAGUGUAUAUGAAGGAAAUGCCCCAGUUGAAGUGCCAGCUGAUUAUAGACCACCUACCGCUGCACCGGCACCGAACCCAGCCCCAACAAAGACAGCACCACCUAAGGCAGAGCCUGAACCAGCUCCAACGGUACAAAGAGCAGCUCCACCAAGCAUGUCGGAGCAAAAGGGUUCCAUUUCUGCUAUGGCCUCUAAGUUUCAAGAUGACGAUGAGGAUGACGCGGAUGAUAAUUCUAGCUUUGAGGAGAUUCAAAAGCCAAUUCAAAAAUCAAUUCCAGCUGCAGCAAAGGUAGAACCAGUUAACGUCACUUCAACCAAAACUGCACCACCAAAGCCAUCUCCUGUAUCUCAAGCAGCACCAACAUCAUUCCAACCCGCAGCAAGGCCUACUCCAGCCGCCAUCCCUACCUCUUCUGGACCUAUUUCCGGCGUUGGUGCUCCUCAACUAUCUCCAACUGCAGUUGGCGUCGAAGAUUCCCUAGAAGAAAUCAAGAAACUUUUGGAAGCUCAAACCAAAACUAUCACGGCACAAACGGAGAAGAUUGGUCUAUUGACUCAAGAGGUUGAUACAUUGAAGAUGAGAGUUGGUCCUGGUGAUCAGAGUGAAAGAAUUAGACAAUUGGAGCUGGAGUUGGAGGCUGCUAAGUCUUAA